GUAUACCAUCCAACAUCACCAUCGACAUGGCAGCUCCCUCUCGUGUGGCCGCCGUGACAGGCGCCAACAAAGGCAUUGGCCUGGCCAUUGUCCGACAACUCGCCUUGCAGUACCCCGAAUCGCCUCUCAAAUCAUCGUCUUUCCUCAUCUAUUUGACGGCUAGGUCUGCGGAACGAGGAGCGGCUGCGGUCAAGGAGCUCAACAACGACCCUCAGCUGAAGAAAGCAAAGGUCUUGAAAGAGGAUGGCGGAAAUACAACCAUCACAUUCCACCCACUCGACAUCAGUCAGACCAAGAGCAUCCAGGACUUCAGAGACUAUCUGAAGCAGCAGCAUCCCGACGGUGUAGAUGUGGUCAUCAACAACGCUGGCAUCGCUCUUCAAGGCUUCGACGCCAAUGUGGUGAAAGAGACGCUACAGACCAACUACUAUGGCUCCCUCGAAGCGACACAAGACUUCUUGCCACUUAUCAAGAACGGUGGAAGGCUCGUCAAUGUCUGCAGUAUGGCUGGCAAGCUGAACAAAUACUCCGAUGAGAUCAGCAAAGCAUUCCUCGAUGCCAGCAAAAAGGACGUCCCGGCAGUCACUUCCAUCAUGCAGCAGUUUCAACAAGCAGUCAGCGAUGGUCGUGAGAAGGAGGCAGGCUUCCCCUCUGCAGCUUAUGCUGUCAGCAAAGCAGGCGAGAUCGCCUUUACGAAAGUCAUCGCUGCGGAGGAGAAGCAAAGAGGUCGGGACAUAUUGGUGAAUGCCUGCUGUCCGGGAUAUGUGAAAACAGACAUGACCAAGGGCGGGGGUCGAAAGACUGUCGAUGAAGGAGCACAAACUCCGGUGACGCUGGCCCUGCAUGAUAUUGGCAACAAAACAGGCGAGUUCUGGCAACACGAAGAUAUCAUCGAUUGGUAACACCGUAGCCUACUACAGUAUGUACUGCUGCUGACUGAAGACCCUCAUCAUAAGUUCU